UUGUCCCCUGACUUGAACGAGUGUGUGCACGGUACCGCCCACUGGUCCCUCCUGAGCCGCUGUUUGACUGGACGUGUGGAAACCGAGCUCUGAAAUGAAGGCCUUGCUUCUCCUUCUACUGGCCGCAGCUGCCUACGGGCAGGUACCGGAACCAUGCAGGGCGCCGAGCGACUUUGAGUCUAACGUCGGAAUACAAGACAGCACGAGGGGGUUCUAUGUGCGCGCCAAGCUGUCGUACGACAGCCGCAACAUGCGCAUCCGCAGGAUCGAGGAGGUCGACGAGAGCCGGACGGGGAAGGAAUUCUUUGAUGUGUUGUACCUGCACAAUACAAUGCCUGGUAAAGAAUACCGCUUCAACCUGAGGACCAAGCAGUGCGAGACCCGGGAACUGAACUAUCCAUUCCGUCCCAUCGAGAUCCCCAUGAACGCCACACACAUGGGCGACUUCACCAUCGGUACCAAGGGGGCCCCGCACGAGGGGGUCGAAGUUAGCUUGUGGGGGGAUCGGAACCGAGAGGAGGGUUUUGAAUGGGUGGGUUCGUUCACCAGCACUGGCUGUGUCCCCGUCAACGACAUGUUCUACAGCAACAGGACUGGCAGGGUGACGACAGAGUUCUUUGACGUCACCCUGGGCAUCUCCGAUGCUAACGUCUUCAUCCCACCCAGAGAAUGCAUGGGGCCUCCUCCUCCAUGAGUGCCACAACAUGCACAUGUCAUGGCCUUCGUUUUGUAGUGUUGGUGCAAGAACAACCGCCUCGAAUGUUAUACCUGUGUUUAGCUUUACACUCGAAUACCUGCUCGAUUUAGCUCUACGUCAAAACAUGUGUUCGAGAUAGCAAUCCUAUAGAUAUACUACCAAGUGGUUGCAUUGAAUUCUUGCUACUUUUACAAAAUUGAAGCACCGUCCUCUGAUAACGUUUCUCACAUUUUUGUCACAAUCAUCUCCAUAGCAAAUAUUAUGUUAAUGGCUAGCUUCAGAAACCUCGCUGUUCUGAUGUGAGUGCAAAUAAAAUCUGGAUCACAUGA